AAUGGCUUGCUUUCCUCUUUGCCAUUUAUCACAAAUGUAAUCGGGGCAUGGACGGCAUCGUUUGCUGCUGACUACUUAAGAAAAUCUAACAAAAUGUCCAUAACUGCCAUCAGAAAAUUGAUGAAUUCUAUAGGUACAUUUGGUCCAGGACUUGCUUUGAUAGCAGUUAAUUUUGCUGGGUGCCGAGCCGAGCUAAUUAUAGCCUUACUUUGUAUCGCAAUGGCUUUGAGUGGUUUUGCUUAUUCAGGUUAUAACGUUACACACAUGGAUAUGUGUCCUGAUUUUGCAGGAACAUUGUAUGGCGUAACAAACUCGAUUGCCAAUAUUUCUGGUGUCUUAGCUCCAAUGACUGUAGGAAUUUUGACUUCGAAUAGCGCAACUCUUGCAAGCUGGAGUAAAGUCUUUUACACAACUGCUGCUGUCUAUAUAGCUUGUGGAGUUAUAUUCGCUAUGUUCGCAUCUGCUGAAUUACAGCCAUGGGGAACAGCUAACAGUGAAUCGAAAGACGAAAAGCAAGCAGUUACGGAUAUUGAUAUUAAAAAUGUCAAAACAAACUUUGGAGAUCCUUGUUAAACAGUUGCUCAAGCAUUCCUUUUUUCUAUUUUGAAAUAUUUCAUUGAAAGAACAUAAGAAGAUAAUUGUUUCUGUUAUAAUUCAUUGCUAUAUAACUAACGCUGUAGUUCUCUGCCGCCAAAUAAAAUGUUAUAGUUUAA